CUCCACCCUCACAGUUUGACCCACUCUUCCCACCCUGUGAGAAAACCAAUGGCGUCUGGCGUGGAGCUCCUUCGCUUCCAGCUCCCUGGCCAUGAGGCAGCCACACUCCGCAACAUGAACCAGCUCCGUUCUGAGGAGCGCUUCUGUGAUGUCACCAUUGUGGCUGACAGCCUGAAGUUCCGUGGCCACAAGGUCAUUUUGGCUGCCUGCUCCCCGUUCUUGAGGGACCAGUUCCUUCUCAACCCUUCCUCAGAGCUUCAGGUUUCCCUCAUGCACAGCACCAAGAUUGUAGCCGACCUCCUCCUCUCUUGCUACACUGGUGCCCUGGAGUUCGCCGUCAGAGAUAUCGUCAACUACCUGACAGCCGCCAGCUACCUGCAGAUGGAGCAUGUGGUGGAGAAGUGCCGCAAUGCCUUGUCCCAGUUCAUCGAGCCCAAAAUCAGCCUCAAGGAAGAUGCCACAAAGUUCAGCGGCCACCGAAGGUCUCAGACCCCCAGUGUGGUGGACUGUUCCACCUCAUCCAGAAAACAAUACUCUCGCAAGAGAACCAUGCUCCGCCCCGUCAAGCUGGAGUUCCCACUGGAGGAACACCUGGAGAUGAAGGCGGAGGACGAGGAGGAGGAGCAGGAGGAAGACUACGGGGAUGACGAUGCUGUCUCCGACAUCUGCAUCGUGAAGAUCGAGUCGGCCAUGGAGGUGGCUCAGCGGCAGAAGAAGAAGCAGCAGCAGCAGCAGCAGGCAGGCACGACUUGGAACAAAGAGGCGUCCCCUCAGCAAAGCUGGAACAAGGAGUCUUCCCCGCAACCAGCUUGGAGCAAGGAAUCUUCCCCUCCGCCAGGGUGGAACAAAGAUGCUUCGGGAGACCAAGAGGAAUCUCAAGUCAACUCUACUGUGGCGGAAGCGGCAGGGUCCCCUCUGGAACCGGCGCCAGAGAAACCUCAGCAGGGCGUAGUCAAGGCGUGUUACAGUCUCUACGAGGACGCAGAAGGUUCGGGCCUCCUGAUCAUCCCCAGCGGAGGCUACUUGGAAGAAACCAGCGAAGCGGCAGCCGUCGCCUCUGAGUGCCAGAGCAGCGGCGGCGGGGUGGGGCUGGUCUUGGCGGGACUGAGCGGCCGCCCCUUCUCCAGCUUCCCCGCGGCAGGGAGAGGCGGCGAUGGCUCGGGAGCGGCCUGGGGGAGCAAUGGCACCUCGCGGAUCAUCUGCUGCACCAAGUGCGAUGAGGUCUUCCAAGGGGUGGAGAAGCUGGUCUUCCACAUGCGCGCCCACCACUUCAUCUUCAUGUGCCCCCGCUGCGGCAAGCAGUUCAACCACAGCAGCAACCUCAACCGCCAUAUGAACGUCCACCGGGGCGUCAAGUCGCACUCCUGCACCAUCUGUGGGAAGUGCUUCACCCAGAAGUCCACCCUGCAUGACCACAUGAACCUCCACAGCGGCGAGAGGCCUUACCGCUGCUCCUACUGCGAGGUCCGCUUCGCCCACAAGCCUGCCAUCAGGCGCCACCUCAAGGAGCAGCACGGCAAGACCACGGCAGAGAACGUCAUGGAAGCUGGGAUGGCCCAGAUUAACGUCCUCAUACGCUGAAGGAGGAGGAAGAGAAGGCGGUGGCGGCAGCUGUGGGAAGUCGAAGAGGAAGCUACUUCUGAGCUCUGAGGGAGGGAAAGUGGGGUGUAGGGGUUAGAAUGUUGGGGUGGUGAGCCGGAGCGCCUCGAGUUUUGGGGGAUGGGAUAUUAGUGACUAGUGUACUAGAGGGAUGGGACUCCUGGAUUCUUUGGAAAGUUGUGGGGGGGGGGGCAAGACUAGUGGAUUAGAAAAGAGUAGGUCAGAUGGGAAACCAAAAAGUGAGGGGGGGGGAUCUAGUCCAGUCAGAGCAGGGGGCGGAGGGAUCCGAGAUCCCUGGGAUCUGUUCUCUUCCUUUGCCUUUCCCAGCCUUCUGUUCAUUAUGCCCUAUUACCGGAAAACCACUACCUCUUCUUUUUUCUUUUUUACAGCCAAGCAGGUGUAGGAUCAUGGCCUUUGGGCUGUUUGAGGGAGAGGCCUGUGACUCUCGAAAUACCUCUUCCAAUUAAAAAAGGGCAUAGCUACGACCUCACUCUCGGCACCCAAAGCACCAAAACGGCCGUCAAACCAGCACGGCGUCAGCGGGGAGGCUUUAGUUGGUGGAAGCGAAAGGAAGCGCUCGUGACAGACCUGUCCCUUCUGACCCUGUCUCUUGUUGUUUGGUAAUGUGUUCGGAGGUGGGGGCUGAUUCAUUCAGAAACCUUUAAGGAAGAAGCCCCCUCCCCCAAGGGUCAGAAGCCUGCGGGUGAUUGUAGCCGUGGAAAGGAAGCAGGAACCUAACUGAAUGUGAACUCACUUUUGAGAUUCGAACCGUGAAACAGUUGAGUGAAGAGAAUCUACUUUGUAGCUUACCUACAGAAGCCUAGUAGUCUUGGUUCGCAGGGUAUAAUUUUAUUCAUAUACAGAAGCCCAGUUCGCAAGUUACAGUGGCUGCAUGCACAAUCCAUCUGCAGCGUACACUGGGGUUUUUCUAUCUACCUGUGUCGGGGGUUUUCUAUCUACUCUUGUUAAGUUCAGCACGUAUACAGCUGAACGUGUGAUUAAAGCCACACACAAUUUAUUCAGGUACCGGCCCCCAGUUUCAUUUGUAAACUGAACAUGUGCUGGCUCUCUCUUACGAACAGAUGUACACACAUACAGGCCGAAUGUACGUGUGCUCGCUGUAACAUGCGAACAGGACUAGAGAGGUCGAUAAUCUGGGGAAAACCAAGAAGAGUGUGAAGGGGAACAGUUUGGUGGGAAGAUCCGGCUGAGUGCGUCCUGCAUUCCUGUGACUGCACGGGGCAACUGUGAAAUCACAGCCUUUGAGAAAGGAAGUUGCUAGCCCUCAGGGUUGUGAAGAUGCACUUGAAAAUGUGGUGGAAGAAACCUGUAGGGUCUUGGAAGCCAGUGUGUAUGGGGGUGGGGUGGGGAAUCCAGCAAGGUUUUCUGUGGUUCUUCCCAGGACUUGCAGAAGAGAAUUUUCCUUAAUCCAAGUCCCAUCUAUUGUUUCCCUGAGCUCUUUCUAGCCCUUGCCUGGCUUUACCAGGUUUAGCGAAAUAAACUAUAAAUCUAGCGGUA